UAGAGAGGCAAAGAGCAAUAGUCGUUUGGAUAAGAAGGCACCAAAAGAAAGCAAAAGAAGGAAAACAGAGUAGUUUGCAUUGCCGCCGUCGCCUUCGCCGUCGCAAAUGGAGGUCUCCGGCACCGUUCUCCGUCAGGUCACCUACGUGUCCGGCGCUGGGAGCCACACGCGCUCACGUGGCGGUGCUCCUCGAUUCCGGGUGAGAAUGGGAACGGGUUCUGGCUUCUGCGACGAGGGGCAUUUGAAGUAUUACCAGGACACCAACAACAAGGUUCUCACCCCAAAGAAGAAGAUCAAAUUACUCAAGGGUUUCUCAAAAUUGGGUCUUUCCUCCGAUCCUGAAAAACUUGCCAUGUUCUAUGAUCUUCAACGAAACCUCACCGAGGAUGUUGGCGAGGUAUUACUAAGAGAGUUGGAAGAAGCAAGAGCAAAGGAGAAGGAGAUGAAGAAAAAAAGGAAACAAGAGAAAAAAGCCAAACUCAGAGCCUCCAAGAUGAAUUGUGAAUCUUCUUCAUCUUCAUCGUCGGAAUCAAGUGACAGUGAUUGUGAUUGUAAUCAAGUGGUUGACAUGAACAGCAUUAGAGCUGGUGUUGGUGUUGUUGCCCCUGCACCUGUGGAUGAAUCCCCAUUGCCUGAGAGCUCCAUUGUUGAGGAUGCGAGUGUGAAUCGUGGUGCCUUGGAAUUGUGUUCUAAGAAUGAUGUCUCUGUUAGCAGCUUUAAAGAUGGUAUUAAGAACGAGAGUGCUGUUGUUGCCACUGCUCCUCAGAAGAGGAUUGAGGUCUGCAUGGGCGGCAAGUGCAAAAGAUCAGGGGCUGCUGCAUUGUUACAAGAGUUUGAGAGGGUGGUGGGUGUUGAAGGUGGUGCUGUUGUUGCAUGCAAGUGCAUGGGAAAGUGCAAAACUGCUCCUAAUGUGAGAGUUCAGAGUUCUGUUGAUCAUAGGCUUGCUCAGGGACUCGAUGAUUCUGUUAAGAUUCCUGCUAACCCUCUCUGCAUAGGGGUUGGCUUGGAGGAUGUGGAUGCUAUUGUGGCUAGAUUUUUGGGGGAGGAACACACAGAUGUAGGUUGGGCAGGUGCAGCAGCUACUUGAACAGAUGCUAUGGAGAUGGCUAGUGUGCUAUUUGUAAUUGUAUAUACAUAGCCAGUAGCAUGGAGCAAACCGUAUUGUCAGUGGCUUUUCUGAAUUGCUCUUGUUGUGUAUAAAUUAGCCAUUAUGUAAUCUCAUUUCCUUGUUUAUAAGGAAUGUCAUUCGAUUGUUUCACUUUUAUAAAAUACUUCUGCGGCAAUUAGCCGUUGCCACUUUGCCAUUAA